CGAGAUGUCCGAGCUGGCUCGGAAACGAAAACAAUGACACCAGGGAGAUUCACUCGCAAAACAAGAGCUAGUUCUGUUAGCAUCUCGGAAGAUAAUUUGAAGGAUUCUUUGGCUUCUUGGAAGCCAUACGGGACUCCUUCUAGGAGUAACAGGCGUUUGUCGAUGUUGCCUUCUGAGCCUCCUGUCACAGAAGAAACUCAAGACAUAAAGGCAGAAAAUCGUAAAAGUAUGGAAAUACCUGUGAUCGAAAUAGAAGAUAAUACUGAUGAGGAAUCAUCAAAAGAAAAGGUGCCCGAAAAGAUUGAGUUUGCCGAUUCAGGAGGCCAGGUUGCAAUCGAUUCUGUCGAAGUUUCGUCCCCAGAUCGAAAAAUGUCUACUGACAGCAACACAUCUCCCGGAAAAAAUGGCUGUGACAAAAAUAAACUAACAAAUAACGGAAAUGAAAAUUGUCCCACUUCACCAGCUCAAACUCCGCGAACUUUCAAAUCCAAACAUAGAUCGCCGAUGCUCAUGCGGAGAGAAAGAGAAAUGGAAAAUAGUGGCACAUACGAGGAUUAUAUCUUCUCAGAAAAUGAGAAUGAAAGUGAGAAGAAAAAAAUAGAGACUGAUCGAAAUAGGCACAGUCUUAAAGAUUCUUCUGUGGAUACUCCCGUGAUCGUAAUUGACGAAGUUGAAAUGACUUCUCCAAGUGAAAAUUUAAAAUCCGAAGAAUUCUCUAUUUUAGUCGACAAAACUGCAACUGACCGUUGGAUUUCCGCUGAGAAGGAAAACAAGAAACCUGAAAAUCCGCGCGAAAAUGAUAGCGAUGAUGAAAUUGAUGUGUGUGAAUUAUCGCAGAAAGAGAAAAACGAAUUUUCGAAUCUUGGAAAUUUUUUGCUGGAUAAUAGUGCCCAAGAUUCGGGACUUGUUCGUAUGGAGAGCGAGGAAAGUGACGCGGAGAUCGAAGUCUGUGAUACGAAAUCGAUAGGAAAGGAAAAUAUUCACAAUCUAAAUGCUGUCGUUUUGUUGCAAGAUAUUUUAGUCGAUAUGAACCACACAGUUAUGAUUUCUUCUGUGAAGAAAAGCGAGGAAAAUUUGCAGAAUUUCACUCCGAAGAAGAGGCAGAGCCUCGUUGGUGUUGAAGUUAAUGGAGAAAUGAAGGAGGCGGAAGCAAGAGACGAGGUAGAAAAAGAAGAUUCCGAAAGUGGAGGAACGCGUGAAGAAAUCGAAGAUGUUUUAGAAAGCAAAGAUGAAGAAGUUCCAGUGAGAAAAGAUGAAACAAUAGUUUCUAAAUCGGAAGAAACAAAAGCAAGCGAUGAAUUUACAAAUCUAGAGGAUGACAUCGACCUUACGAUUGAAGAAGAAACCGAGAGAAGAGGUUCGUCUGUCGAAAAAGAAAGAACAAAAUCAUUUUCUAGUCAAGAAGUUGAAAAUUUUCCUAUGGAAAGAGCUACAGGAAAUUUUGAAGAAAUAAUGAAAAUUGAUGUCAAAGAAUCUGAAGAGAAAAAUAAGUCUGACGCGCAGAAUGAGGAAUCUCGAGAAAAACUAGAAAUUCCAACAAAAACACCCGAAUCAUCUCCCGUGAAGAUAUCAGAAUCUUCCGUAAAAACUCCUCCAGUGCUAAAAAAAUCAGUAACAGAAAGGCCUUGGCAAGAAAUAUCAGAAAAAUUAUCUGAAGAAGAAAAUGUAAGCUCUCCUUCUAAAACUUCCUCUAACCGCAAAGAUACAAUUAUUUGCGAUCCACUUUCAUUAAAAAGUCUUCAGACAACUUCUAAUAAAAAUUCUCCGCUCAAGAGAUGUACUGUUACGAUUUCACCGAUGAAGUUGGAAAAAAGUGUGGGAACUCCGGAUGUUUCUUCCAAAUCUGGAAUAAGUAGUGACAAGAAAAAAUCUGAACUUGAAACUUUUAAGGCCUCGGCAGAAUUUUCUGCUGAAGAGAAUCCUGUAAGUUUGAGUCUUCAAUUUGAAUUCGAAUCAGAGAAUGGAACAACAGGUGUUGCUUCCGCGUUGAAAAUAAAUAGCGAUGAUGUAAAAUCUGAAGUUGAGGUCAAAGAAGAUGAGAAGAGUUCUGAAAAUCUGAAUCUUGGGUGCGAAUUAAAAACGGAAACUUUAGCGUUUUUAUCACAAUCUCCGAAAACGAAGAGUCCUGAAAAAUCUGAAAAUCAAACCAGCGAAAAGGAAGAUUCUGAUAUUGUGAUUGAAUCGGAAAGUAAAAGUUCCAACGAAUCCGAAAAUAAAACUGCAGAUGUUGAGAUGAAAGAUUUGAGUCUUCGCUCUGAAAGAAAGACGAGCGAAUCACAAAAUGAAAUCUCAGAUUUUGCUUCGAAAUCAUUAAAAAACAUCGAAGACGAAGAUUCAGAUCUCGAGCUGAAAGACGAACCCUUAAAUCCUUUGUCAGAAUCUCCCAAAAAGAAGAAUCCUGAAAAAUCUGAAAAUCAAUCCUCAAUUGUGUCUUUAGAAUUAGGGAAAAUUAGCGAGAAGGAAGAUUCAGACUCUGCGAUUGAAGACGAGAACUCGAAGAAAGAAGUUGCAAAAGAAAAAAGGCCUAAAAAGUUGAGUAAAAGGGUCAAAGAAAAAUCAGUUUCGCCCCUAAAGCGACUGAGCAAUGGAUCUGUCGACAAAAAUCUUUCGGAAUUUCAGUUAGGGUAUCGUGAUGAUGAAAGCGAAUCCACUGAUGAAGAAAUCGAGGCUCUAGAAACAUUCGAGAAAAUAAAGGCUCUCCAGUUGAAAGAGAGAGAGGCUGUCAAAUUGAAAGAGGAAUUAGCGGCACUAAUAUUGAAAAAUGAAUCGGAGAUUCUUAAAUUAAAAGAAGAAAUGGAGACUUCUAAGUCAAAGGAAGGACUGAAGAUUCCAAAUUCUGAGGAAUUCGAGCCUGUAAAAGUGAAGGACGUAGAUUUUGAAACUUUCAUGUCUUCCGCACCGGAAAAUAGAGGAUCUUCUAUUGUUGCAGGAUCACCGAGGAAGCAGACGGACGAAAAAGAAGAGGAACUUGAAAGUCUUUUCAAGGACAUCACCGAGGAGGAAUUCACUUCCUCGCGGCGGGCCAAAAACCCCGUGAAUCCGGAAGAGGAAUCUGAGGAUAUCGUUCUGCUCGACGAGGAAGACGCUGAAGAAGAAGAAGAAGUUUCUAAACCUUUGGAAAGUAGAGAAACAUUUGACGACUCUUCUAUUUUGAUUUUAGAUCACGAUAGACUGUCAGAUUCUAGAAAUCGGGGUAAGAGAUUGUCUGUGGAAUUUAUGAAACAUAUUCGCCACUCGCCGAAAAAGGAUGAAAAUUUAGAAAACGAGACUUUACGUUCCCCAUUGAUAAAUCAAAGUACGGAAAAUCGAAGAAACUCGAAAUCUGAGGGAAGUUCGGACGGUGGGAAAAGAAGUAAUGGUCCAGUAGUGAGGAAAAUUGAGAUCCUGAAAACCGUAAUUCCGCUUCAAACAUUAAAAUGCGGUGAGAGGAAAGCAGAGACAGAAGUUGAAAGGGCAGAAAUAGAAGAGGAAGAAGAGGUUGAGGAAAAGGGGAAGAAAGAGAGGAAGAUUUUGAAUCUGUCUGCCGGAAAUCUUAAGAUUCUUCCUGCAUUUUUAAAUAAUUCGACCAGUAGCGAGGAGGAAGAUACCGACUUUUCUAUUGAUACUGAUGCAGCAAUGGAAUAUAAUUUACCAGGACACAAAAUUUCCCAUGUGGAUGAUGUUACCGGGGACGAGUGCCGAAAUUCAGAAACUGAAGAUUUCAGUUCGGAUUCGGACGAUCAGGGUUCAUUGGUGGAUUUCAUUGUUAACGAUGAUGCGAAUCCUGAAGUUGAGGAAACUGCCGAUUUAGAACUGGAAACGAGAGAGGAAAAUAUAAAAAUUAAGAAGAAGAAGAAGAACCAAAAGAACAGAAAUAAGGAAGAGUCUGAAAUUAAUCCAAUGAUAGAGGAAAAGGACGAGAAUUUACCGAAGAAAAAGAAAAAGCAGAAAAAACAUAAGAGCAAGACGGAAAUAGAACCGGAAGUAGAGGUAGAGAAAAAGAAGAAGAAGAAGAAUCGAAAGCGCGAGGAUAAAGAGGAGGAGAAAGUGGAAAGUGAGAUUCAGAUUAAAGUUAAAUCUAAAAAAGAAAAGAAAAUGAAGAGAGUUCUUCCUGACGUGCCUGAUGAGAUAAUAGAACUGGAAGUGCCGAAGAAGAAAAAGAAACGGGAUAAAGUUCUGUCUGAAGUAACUGAAGAGAAUGUUACGGAGAAAAGAAAGAAGAAAAAGGCAUCAAAAGAUGAAGAGUUUAUAAGUUAUGAAGCUAAAAAGGAGAAAAAGAAGAAGAAGAAAGAUGUGAGUGAAGAAAUACCGCAAGUCGAAGAAGAACAAGUGCAACCAAAAAAGAAGAAGAAAAAGAAAACGACAGAAGUCGAAAAGUUUCCUUCUGUGAUACCUCAAUUUGAUUUACCAGCGUCGAGUGAAGAGUCCGAUAAAAAGAAGAAGAAAAAGAGAAGAAAGGACAAAUCUGAAGUUGAAGUUCCCGAAUUGAAGUUGCAACUUUCUGAACCAAAGAGGAAGCACAAAAAGUUAGCUCAUGACGAACUCUUAGAGUUUAGAAAUCAAGAGAGAGACAUCAAAGAACAGGAAAUGAAGAUUCGAGACCAAGAAAGAAUAAUUAAAAAGCAGGAAAUUAUAUUUAAAGGUAAAGAAAAAAUUAUUCAGGAUCGGGAGAGAGAAAUCAAAAAUCAAGAAAGAGAAACUCUGAAAGAGAAGAAAAAGAAGUCUAAAAGUAUUAAAAGACUACCUGAAGAAGUUCUUGAUAGUCUUUCGGAUCUUCCUCCAGAACGUAAAAAACAAAAACUAUCAAAUGUAGAUUGCACUCAUGCGAGCAAAAAAUUGAAGCCAUCUUUGUCGAUGAUUGAUAAAAAGUGCCGGAAAAUUCCGUAUCUUGUGGAGGAGAGCGAGAGUCCAGAAAUUUCACAUUGUGGAGCAACUAGUGAAUUUGUGGCUCGCGAAAUUCCGGCCAGCAAACUCGCGCCGAAGAAGAUUGCGGUGUUGAAUAUUAGAGAUAAUUUACUGAAAAGAAGACGUCAUGGAUUUACUUUCGUUAGUCAGGUGCAAAAUCGGAUGAAAAAGCAUCUGGCCGAUGAGGAAAACAUGACUGAAGACACCAUAAGACUGGAGAAAAGUAAUAAAUUCCCUAAAAAUCUGAAAAAAGCAAAUAAAAAGUAAUUAAUUUUAGUAAUUUAAAUCAAAGCUCACAUUCAUUGAGAAUCAAUUCGAGCAUGGUAAAUCAAUUUGGUACAUUUUACAUUUGAAUUAUUUUUCUUGACAAUAUUUAUUAUCCUGAUAAUAAAAACUGAUACUUGUACUUAUUGUCAAUUGUUGGAAUCGCCUGAUAUAUUAAGAAUGGGUAAUAACUCAGGGUUGUUUACUUUAACUUUGGAAGGUUGUUAAUUUUGUGUUUUUUUCUGAGAUUUUCAAGAGUACUGAUGAUAGGAUUUAUCUACGUUUAAGGGGAUAAAUGCUGCAACUUAGUUGCUUCAAGUUUUUAUGUAUUAAGAAUAAAUAAGAGCCAUUUAUGAGAAUAGAUUUUGCUAUUUGCAAGAAGAAAAGCGUACGAACGUUGACGGAUUUUCGUAGCUUGAGUGCUGAUAAGAUGUAUGAUAAUGUAAAAUACUUUUGUCAUUUAAGCUAGGCAUUUCGUCUAUAUUUCCAAUGUUUCGAAGCAAGGACCAUUUUUUGUAAAAAUAUUUAAUACAUGUGCCAUCAUAUUA